GACAUUAUCAAUUCAAGUGUUCGAGAUACCCUACCAAAACAUUCAUUUACACCAAAGAACACCUCGUCCAAGUGACCCCGCAACCUCGGCUAUCAACACAUUCUUAAUCACAUACACAACUACAACAACACACUCUCACAGUUACCAUCAACAUCAGCAAAAAUGACAAAAGAAGAUCUCGUCGUUAAGGCGUUGCAGCAAUACACAACCUGCGACGUCUCCGACGCCCUCAUCAAGCUCAAGUACCGCAAUGGCGGUUUCCUCUCCGGCCUAACCAUGUGGUCCCCCCACCGUCAAGAAGGCGCAACCAAGAUCGUCGGUCCCGCCUACACAGUCCAAUAUGUUCCUCUAGAUGACCCAAGGCCGAAGCAUCCUACUCACUACAUCGACGACGUCCCCAAAGGCUGCGUCAUCUUCGUCUCCGCCCCCGCCAAGACCCCCAACGCCGUCUACGGCGGCCUCAUGUCCACGCGCGCCCGCGCCCUAGGAGCCGUCGGCUCCGUCAUCGACGGCCGCUUCCGGGACCUGCAAGAGCAACGAGACCUCGGGUAUCCCAUUUUCGCGCGAGACGUGGGCACCGCGCCGCCCGCCGAGCUUUUGAAGGUGGCAGCAGUCAACGUGCCUGUGAAGCUCCAGACGGACGAGCAGCAGGAUAUGACGAUCAACCCCGGUGAUUAUAUCGUUGCGGACAUCAAUGGCGUGGUGGUGCUGCCGAAGGAGUUGGCGGAGCAGGCGUUACCGUUGAUGGCGAAGCAGGUGGAGGCGGAUACGAAGAUGCAGGUUGCUAUUGAGGGGGGGAUGGGGUUUGCGGAGGCUAGUAGGAAGUUUAGGGGGUGAAAUUUUGAGGUUACCUAUGUUGAUUGGGUUGGGGCGUUGUAUCUUGGAUAAGUGGUUAAUGAUUAAUGAAAUUCUUGAUGUUUUCUUGGAUUAGAUAUGUCCUGGUUCGUGAUGUGCUCUUACCCGGUCGUUGUUAGAGAAUGAAAGUGACACGAUCACAGGGCAGAGGGCUGGGAAGGAAGAAUUGGAAAAAAAAAGAUU